GUGAUGCUGCCGCUGCCCCCCGUCCCUGCCGAGCUCCGGGGGCGGCCAUGGCCGAGCACCGGGAGCUGCUGGCCGAGAUGGCGGCGGUGGCGCGGCUGGGCACGGCCGAGCGGCUGCGGCACGCCCGGCGGCGCCGCGCCCAGCAGCUCAAAGCCUGGGCGCGGGCCCAGAAGGAGAACCCGGGAACCCCCAAAGGAGGAGGAGGAGGAGGAGGAGGAGGAGGAGGAGGGGAGAGGAAGAGCAGCAGCAGGAGGAGGAAGAGGGUGACGUUCCCGGCCAGCGUGCGGCUCCUGGAGGCGGCGGCGCGGCACGACGCCGAGGAAGUCCGGCAGUUCCUGGAGAGCGGGAUCAGCCCCGACCUGUGCAACGAGGACGGGCUGACGGCGCUGCACCAGAGCUGCAUCGACGACUCCCUGCCCCUGGUGCGGCUGCUCCUGGACUCGGGCGCCGACGCCAACGCUCGGGACGCGGAGCUCUGGACGCCGCUGCACGCCGCCGCCACCUGCGGCCACCUGCGCCUGGUGCAGCUGCUCAUCCAGCGCGGCGCCGACCUGCUGGCGGUGAACUCGGACGGGAACAUGCCCUACGACCUGUGCGAGGACGAGGCCACGCUGGACUGCCUGGAGAGCGCCAUGGCGCAGCAGGGGAUCACGCAGGAGCGCAUCGAGGAGGCGCGGGCGGCCACGGAGCGCGCCAUGGUCGCCGAGAUCCGCGAGCUCAUCCGCGACGGGAAGGAGCUGGACGCGCCCCGGGGACACCACGGGGGCACCCUGCUGCACGUGGCAGCCGCCCACGGGUUCCUGGAGGCGGCCGAGCUGCUGCUGGAGCACCGCGCCCGCCCCGACGCGUGCGACGCCGACGGGUGGCAGCCCCUGCACGCCGCCGCCUGCUGGGGACAGGCGCCGCUGGCGGAGCUGCUGGUGGCUCACGGUGCCGAGCUCGGCGCCAAAUCGCUGCUGGACGAGACCCCCCUGGAUGUGUGCGGGGACGAGGAGGUGCGGGCCAAGCUGCUGGAGCUGAAGCACAAGCGGGCGGCCGUGCUGAAGGGCCACGAGAGGCACAAGGGGCUGCUGCAGAGGAGGGCGUCCAGCGCCGGCAGCCGCGGGAAGGUGGUUCGCCGCGCCAGCCUGUCGGAGCGCUCGAGCCGCUACCGCCGGGAGCUGCAGCGCGAGGCCAUCGUCUGGGGACACCUCGGGGACAGCGAGGACGACGACAGGGCCACCACCGCCGCCACCGGUGUCACCGCUGCCACCGAGACGCGGCCGCCGCUGCCACCGGCCGGGCACCGCGGAGGGGCCGGGGACAUUGGGGACACCUUGGGGGUGAGGGACGCUGGGGACAUUGGGGACAUUGGAGACAUCAGGGACAAUGGAGACGUCAGGGACAUUGGGGACAUUGGGGAUGUUGGGAGUGAAGGACAUUGGGGACACCUCGGGGACAGCGAGGAUGAGGACAGGGCCACCGCUGCCACCAGUGUCACUGUCACCGCCGAGGGCACGGCCACCGAGACGCGGCCACCGCUGCCACCGGCCGGACACCGCGGAGGGGCCGGGGAGCCGCCCGCCGCCGUCCCCUGGGCGCCGUCCCCGCUGUCCCCGCACCCCAACGGGUCCCCUCGCUGUCCCCCGGCGCCCUCGGGGGACAGGAGCCGCCCCCCGCACACCCUGGCCGACCUCAAACGGCACCGGGCGGCCGCCAAAACCCCCAAAAACGACCCCAAAAACGACCCCAAAAACCCCGAAACGCCCCUCGGGGACACCCCUGGGGACAUCGGGGAUACCCUCGGGGACACCCCUGGGGACAUUGGGGACACCGGGGACACCGGGGACCCGCCCCUGCUGCGGCUGACGGCGCCGCCCCCCGAGGGCCCCGCGGGGAAGCAGCGCUGCUGCCGCCUCAUGUGACCCAACCCGGGGCUUUU